UUUCAAUCGGCUCGAAGAGGCCAUACUAUUUACGUGAGCUUUCAGCUCUGUCCUGGUUGCCAUUCUUUCACCUUGCCAGUUCCAAAUAAUCUUUCACAAUCGCGGUUCAGUUCAUGAUGACGUCCAAGCCGAACGAAGAGCAAUAUAAGUCUUUGUUGGGAUGCGAGGAAAGCGACAAUGGGAUUUACGGAGAGAUUCCUCCAAUUCGGAGAUCAUCCCGUCCUCAGUGGCCAUGCGCUGUGGCCGGACAUAUUGUCUUGAUAAUCCUAUAUACAGGAGCUUUCUGGUUCCUUGUUGGGUCGCUCUCGAAUGGAUCAGCGUCUAGGAAAAAUGCCUUUCCUGGACUCGAAGUCAACUUCGAGGUCACAAAGUACGAUUUCUUCCCAAACAGCAGCUUUGCAGGAAAGCCUCGACCAGAGAGCGAAACUGCUUGGCAUAAUCUCAUGAACGACAUGGCGAUACGCGUGACGGCCGAUGAACUCGCCGUACAUAAUCAGAAGUCAGUAUCGCUGCCGGAUGGCGGGUACCUUGCAUGGCUGGGAGUGUUUCAUGAACUUCAUUGCGUCAAACUCUUGAGGCAUUGGAGCUGGCGCAAUGAAUAUCCAGAGUUUUCAAAUCUCUCAGCUUUCCAGAUGGCACACAACAUGAUCCAUAUUGAUCACUGCCUCGAGAUCCUUCGCAGUUCCGCACUCUGCCGCGCUGAUACAGAAGCACUUGCUGUCUUCAAGUGGGGCGAGAAGAGCCCUAAACCCAUAUUCGACGCGAAGCGUGGUAUCCACCGUUGUGUGAACUGGAACUCGCUAAUGAAAUCAUCAUACCGAGAUCGUGUGGUCAAAAAACAAGAACUUGAUCGCAUGGUCAAUCCCCUUCUUCACAGAGGCGACAAACACAGUGAAUGAUGGUAGCUCAUCAAUCUACACAACUCCACACUGAUGAUUGGCCCAGUCUGAAUCAUGCGUGGAACUCUUAACGGUCCAGCAGAACGUCUACGAUGAUUUCUCGUGGACAGCAGUGCCUGCCUUCACGUCACGUCACAACUGAGUUAUGGAUAUCUGGGAGGACUUGAAAAUUCAAUGGUUUUAUUCUGUGCGACUUGAGCGUGGUUAAAUAGUGAGUGAGUCAGUUCUGGGGAUUGAAAGAUCAUCCGUAGGAAGCAAGAAUUGGGCGCGGAAAAUUUGGAAGUUGCCUCCAUUCCUCGGGCUUCGUCCAGAGCACUGCCAUAUUCAUCCUUGCGCAAUGCAGACGAAUACAUUGAUUAGCACGUACAACGUGACGCUGUGGGACAAUAUUUGAACCCAGGAGGGCUCAGCUGGACGCAUAGCCAGAGAGACUCUGCCUUCGUCAAUUGGUGCCAGCUCGAGUCCAC